ACAUAUUAAAACAAAGAAUGAUUUUUUCCCUGUUUAUUGGAAUAUACCAUCAGUAAUGUGUCAGAAGUAUGGGAUAAACUUUUCUGGUUUAGAUGACUAUGGUAUUAUACAAAAUAUUAAUGACAAGUUUACAGGAGAAAAAAUUACCAUUUUAUAUGAUCCAGGGUUUUUCCCUGCCAUGUUAAGUACUAAUUUGAGAAAUGAUGGUGUACCUCAAGAGGGAAAUCUUAAGAAGCAUCUUAUACUAUUUGAAAAAGAAUUGGAAAAAAAUAUACCAGAUAAAAAUUUUUCAGGUGUGGGUGUAAUAGAUUUCGAACAUUGGCGCCCUAUAUGGAGAGAGAACUGGGGAAUUCUGGACAAAUAUAGACAACAUUCCAUUAAGAUCGAAAAGGAGAAGCAUCCUUUCUGGUCAAAAUCAGCUAUAGAAAACCGAGCGAUCCAAAGAUUUGAGAAAGCUGCUUCAAGGUUCAUUGAUGAAACACUCUCUAAAGCAAUGAAACUAAGACCAAGAGGCCAGUGGGGUUACUAUGCAUAUCCUUACUGCUUUAAUUUUACUCCAAAAAAUCCUGAUAAGAAGUGCACUCAGAAUGUACAAAAAGAUAAUGAUAGAUCUUCAUGGAUGUUCAGGACUGGAAAUGCUUUGUUUCCUUCCUUAUAUCUGAGAGAAAAACAGUUAAACGAACUCAAGAGAGUAAAAAUGAUGGAAGGAAGAAUAAAUGAAGCUAAACGAUUGGUAUCUAAGGUUACUUCCAAGCAGAUAAACAUUUUCCCAUACCUAGCGAUUAAAUAUCAAGACACAUUUUCAUUUUUAUCCAAGCAAGAUGUGUUGAAUGCCAUCAAAAUAGCAAGAAAGGUGGGAAGUAGAGGCUUAAUACUAUGGGGAUCGUAUAAAGACACCAAUUCUCCUAAGAAGUGCCAGCAGCUAAUGGAUUAUGUACAGAACACAUUAAAACCAACAAUAAAAAGAUUAAUAAAUUGAAGAAAUAUAUUGUACUUUUCACUUAAAUGCAUAGAAAUAUUAGUCUGUGGUAUAGCCCUCUUCUUAUCAAUUUAUUAACAUCCAACUGAAAUUUCAUAAAUAGUUUCAUCUCAUCAUAAUCUACAAAUAUUUUAUUUACGAAAAUUCUCAGAAUUAGGGCGUUUUCAACCUAGAGAUUGGCAAACUUCGUCUAUUUAAUUAGGUACUAGAAACUCGUAAAUACCCAUUUGCUUUCCACCUCAAUCGUAAGAUAACUUGAGCAGAAAGUCAAGAAAAAAGGUGGCCUUCAAAAGUAUUGAGCCAUUUGGAGUGACCUACAUCCCCACAUUUUCUAAAUAAUGAGGUUAUAUAGGCCAAACGGCUCAAUAUUUUUGAAGGCCACCAUUUUUCUCGAUUUUGUGCUCUAGAUAUCUUACGAUGAAAGUGGAAAGUUAAUAGGUAUUUAUAAGUUUUUAGUUCUUAAUUAAAUAGACAAAGUUUGCGGACCACCAGAUUGAAAGUGCCCCAAUUCCGAGAAUUUUCAUAAAUAAAAUAUUUGUAUGAGAUGAAGUUAUUAACGAAGUUUCAGCCGGAUGUUAAUAAUAUGAUUGGGUCUGUACCACGGACUAUAUACUUUUAUAUAUUUCUGAAAAUAUAACAGCAUAAAAUAAAUUAUAUAUUUUUUUAUAAUAUGUUCACAAUAAUAUAACAUUAUCCUUGACCUUAAUUUAUUUUUAUGUUAGAGAUACAAAUAAUAAAUGGUCCUCUCCCUUCCUCACCAAAAAAAAUAAUAAUGUAAAUGGCACAAUGGCUACAAAUUGUAGAUUUGUAAUAAUAUACAAUACAAUUAGAAAAUAAACGUCAGCUAGAAAUGGUAACGCUCUCAGAGAGCUUUCCUUUCAAAAUAAAUAUAAAAGGCUUUACCAAGAUGAAGAAACCA